UUCCAUUGAAAUAAUAUUAGCUAUCUGCUAUAUUGAAGAAUGUUUACCUAAUAACUUCAAAUAAACUAGUUUGCUGAAGCCUCUCCAUCAUAGUACCUGUGUCCAUAUAAUGCAGAGAUAAGCUCCUUCAGUUGAACGCCUCUGUUUGUUUUAAUCAGUCUGUUAAUUAAGGUACACGCUGACAGUCAUAUAGAGGGUCAAAUGGGUUUGAAAUCUCUCCGUCUUACUGUAAUAUAACAUCUAGGCUUUCCUAGACAGCCGGAAAGAAUGAGAUUAAGCAUUUUGUAUUUUAUUUAUUUAACCUUUAUUUAACUAGGAACAUUGCUUGUUCAGGGGCAGAACGACAGAUUUUUACCUUGUCAGCUCGGUGGAUUCGAACUAGCAACCUUUCGGAUGUCUAGAUACAUCAAUUGUAUACCCUUCAUAAUAAAAUGUAUUAGGUUCUAAAUCACUGGUAAAGAGCUAGGCUCUAACGUUAAAUUACGUUUUUCACCAUUGUUUCAGUCCAUCUGAUUUCCCACAGAAAGAAAGGACCAUCUUUAGGAAAGGCGUCCUGCACCUGUCCACAGAGUUACAAUACUGUCUGUUUUAAUCCACAGGUCGGCGCAAGAGGAAAACAAGAAAGGACCACCUUCACUUCAGAUGCCCUGUCCAGGGCCGUAUUCACUUGGCACCAAAACGGAGGAGAACGAACUGAAACAGAGAGAGGGACGACCUGAUCUUGUCCAUUAAGUAAUGCUUGUUUUUGUUCUCCAUUGCAAAACGUUUUGCUCCACUGUGCAGUAAUGAAUACGACCCAGCAUCUAACCACACAGUUCCAGAUGGUUCUAUCAGAGAACAUGGCAGCCAUGGCCAACAGUUCACACCAGUGGUAUGACAGUCUGCAGCGCUGGCACCUGGAGCUCUUCCUGAUCCCCGCCUCCCUCCUCACCCUGGCCACCCUGCUGGCCAACCCCAUCCUCCUGGCCUGCAUCCUCUUCUCCCGUUCCCUGCGCCAGGAGACCCGCUACCUUCUCCUGGCCAACACCCUGGCCGCAGACAUGCUCUUCCUCUCCCUCAACCUUGUCACUGUAGUCUGUAAUAUUUUGGGGGUAGCCAUGCUGAGGGUACUCUGUGAGCUGGUUUCGGCAGUGACCGCUGUGGCAUAUUGCUGCGCUGUGCUGACCGUCACACUAAAGGUGGUGGAUACAUACGUGGCAGUACGUUGGCCCCUCCACUACCACGACCUGCUCCCCCCAGCCCGUACCCGAAAGAUCCUAGUCGGGGUCUGGCUGUUAGCCGCCAUGUACCCUCUCUCCCUGGUCAUCGUCAUGGAGGUGAUGGAGGACAAUGCCCCACAGAGGUCAGAGGUGUGUCUCAUUCUCAUCUCCAUAGGCAAGAUGGGCAGCGAGAUGAUGGUGGGCGUUCACAUCUACUUCACCAUGGGAGCCGUUGUCUGCACCCUGCUCAUCCUGUAUUGUUACGGCCGUCUCUACUGGGUCACCAAGACCCAGGGCAUCUGGCAGAGCCGCUACUCCCGAGCCCGGGUCACCCUCUUGGCCCACGGGGUUCUGCUCCUGCUCUACUUCAGCCCGGGCCUGGUCUUCACUGUGGAGCUGGUUCUGUACCAGCGCCAGGAGGUCAGCCAGGAUAUCCGCGUGUGGAUUAACACUGUCAAUAUGUGCAUGCUGAUGCUACUGCCCAGGGCCUGUGCUCCCUACCUGUAUGGUCUGUGGUAUAGGGAUAUCUCUGAUACUCUGCUGGCGGUGCUGCACCAACACAGGACGCUUAGUCAGGUCACUGUGGCCUAGAAAUAAAGACCCACACACUCUCACAACCCCAUAAAGAGAAAUGGGCCGAGGGUUUGUUUAAUAGAGACUCUUGUGAGAGUGCCCAGCCUAAAGCAUUGGUCCACAAAUAUUUUUACUUAAUGAAGCCCACUAUGUUCUCUUGUGACCCACGGUUUGCCAUUUGCAAAAUCAUUCUCCAAACCCAAAGCUGCCUUGAAAAGACCAUCACUUUUUAAGAGAAAAACAACAUUAAUUGCUGAACUUUUAUAAAACCUUUUUUCAUUUAAUUGGUACUAUUGCCAAGCUAUUUCUCUGUCUUAGCCGAUAACACUAGCCCUUCGCUAUUUCAUGUGUCAAUGCAUAUACAGUGAGCUCAAAGUAUUGGGACAGUGACACGUGUUGUUUUGGCUCUGUUCUCCAGAACUUUGGAUAUGAAAUAAUACAAUGACUGAGGUUGAAGUGCAGACUGUCAACUUUAAUUUGGGAGUAUUUUCAUCCAUACUGGGUGAGCCGUUUAAAAUUACAGCACUUUUUAUACAUAGUUCCCCCCCCCCUUUUUAGGGGACCAAUAGUAUUGGGACAAAUUCAUUUAUGUGUAUUAAAGUAGUCCAAAGUUGAGUAUUUGGUCCCAUAUUCACAGCACGCAAUUAUUACAUCAAACUUGUGACAACACAUUGGUUGGAUGCAUUUGCAGUUUGUUUUGAGUGUGUUUCAGAUUAUUUUGUGCUCAAUAGAAAUGAAUGGAAAAUAAUGUAUUGUGUCAUUUUGGAGUCACUUUUAUUGUAGAUAAGAAUAUAGUAUGUUUCUAAACACUUCUACAUUAAUGUGGAUGCUACCAUGGUUACGGAUAAUCCUGAAUGAUGAGUGAAUAAUGAUGAGUGAAAAUGUUACAGAAGCACAAAUAUCAUACCCCCCUAAAUAAAAUGCAAACCUCCCCUGUUAUUUUUUAUGGAGAGAGAUUAGCAUGUCUUGGGGCCAUGAUGUUUGUUUUUAUAUGUUUGUGAUUGUUCUGGAAUGUCUGUCCUAGUAUCUCCCCAAAUAAUGAAAGGUCAUUGGCAGGUUAGCGCCUCUUAUUUCCGCAUACCAUAUUCCCAUCUUUAUGUGGAGACUUUAAAAUGGCUGGUUUUGUC